AUUUUGCUUUGAAGUUUGGCAAACAGAUGUAGACCCUCUACAUUAUUAGCUUCACAUGAUUUUUAUAAGGGCCCAAAUAAGAUUUUCUCCUGUGAUUUUCCCUUCAUAUUGUUUAUUGGUUUCUUCUGCAGGCACAACAGUUCUGUUUCUUGUUCUUCUUCUUCUUCUUCUUCCAUUUGUGGUCAUUCAACAGCUCUGUGGUUUGCCGAAGCCACGUGGCGGCAUCUCACAGGCAAGCCUUUGUGAUGGUGGGUCAUGGCUAGCUUGGAAUUUUUCUUCAUACCGCAAUCAGAAUCUUAAACUUUGUUAAUAGCAAUGAUAAAUAGAAUACCUGCUGGUACUAUGCAUAUCCUACUCAACAAUGAAAUUUUUGGAUCCUUUAAACAAAGAAGUUAUGAUGCCAACAAACCCUAGCUGGAGUUUGAAUUCUUCAGUAUGUGAGUCCAAAUCAGUACCAUAAAUAUUUAACAUGGAAUUUAUUUGAUUCCAACAACAAGUCUAAUUUCAUGCAUUUGGCGUUUUUAACAACACUGGAUUUGAAGGACGGCCAUCAUAAACUUCACACCAGCCAUCUGCUAAAUGCUGUAAUGCAGCAGGGCCAUUGUAGUAAUUUCCACUAACCGGAACGUAGCAACAACACCUACCUUCAUUGAAAGUGUCAGCAACCAACAACAAAACACAAGAAAUGAAGUUGCCAUCGGAAUGUGAAGAACACAAGAAGACACUUAACAAACUUGUGCUUGCUUCUUUUGGGACUCUUUCCGAAAGCACUUGUCAUCUUACUGCUUUUCGGAGAAGUACUGAGUGCGUCUUUUACUUGUGCAGAAAGAUUGAACCUCCUUUUCAGAUUAUUCUCUCUUGUCUGUGUCAGGUGCCAAAUUCAGAGAAUGACAACCUCAAAUGGAAUAAUGCUGGUCAAGAUCAUUGCAGCCACGGCUGCAACUACUCUUGUUUUUGCCGGAAUCUUCUUCUUCGUCUACAGAUUUCUAGCUGCUCGGCGCCACCCAAAAGACAAGAGCAAUGGAAGCUUUCAUAGGGAGGAAGUUAGAAUGAGUCGUGAAGAUCAGCUCAGGCAAUGCGGUGGAAAUGUGAAGGGAUUGAUUGUCGAUGAGAAUGGUGUGGAUGUUAUCUACUUGAGGAAACUAGAAGUUGGCCAGGUUGAAACUCAUUUUCCCAAGGUAGUUUUCAACCCAAGUUAUGAAGACGAUGUAGAAGAAGAAGAAAAGAGAGUAGAUGCUAAAGGAGAAAGAGCCAAAAUGCCCAAGCCUAAAGCGGUUCGUUCUUUUCAUAAGUCAUCUGAUUUGAUCAAUCAUGGAAAAUUAGCAAAACCAUUCAUACAAAAUCCAACUCCAGAAGUUGUGCUUUCAUUGCCAAAGCCGCAACAGCGGCUUCCUCUAAAAACUCCUGCACCUCCAUUUAGGAUAACACCACCAAAGAUGUUGGAAAAGCAAGCACUAGAAUCACUGCCUCCUCUACCACCCCCACCAUCAAGUAAUAUAUCUCCACCACCAGUUCCUCCACCACCACCUCCUCCGCCACCACCCCCGCCACCACAGCUACCUAAGGUAGUAAGAAGAAAAUCUAUACCACCCACUCCACCUAGGCUAGGUGGUUCUUUUUUAGCGCCAAAACCACCACCUACACCUAAAGGCAUACCAAACAACAAAAGUAGGGCUGAGGCCUCAGCCGGGGAGAGCUCAAAAGUGAGUGUCAUUAGGCAAACGAAGCUGAAGCCAUUGCACUGGGACAAGGUUAUGGCUGCUGUUGAUCAUUCCAUGGUCUGGGAUCAAAUCACUGAUGGAACAUUCAGAUUUGAUGAUGAGCUUAUGGAAAACUUGUUUGGAUAUAACAUCACCAAAAACCAAACCAAUGAAAGAAAUAACAAUUUGUCAGCUUCAGCCAAGUCUAACUCUGCCCCAACAGCUCAAGUUUUCAUUCUAGACCCCAGAAAGUCUCAAAACACAGCAAUAGUGCUAAAGUCUCUCCCAAUCUCUCGUAAAGAAAUCAUAAAUUCUCUUCUUGAUGGUCAAGGACUUGGUUCGGAAACACUCGAAAAACUCAGCAAAAUUUCUCCAACCAAAGAAGAAGAGAUCAAGAUCCUCCAAUUCAAUGGCAAUCCAAAUAAGCUUGCAGAUGCUGAGUCUUUCCUCUACCACAUCCUCAAAGCUGUCCCUUCGGCAUUUACACGAUUCAAUGCAAUGCUUUUCCGGGAAAAUUAUGACACCGAAAUCCUCCACCUCAAGGAGUCACUACAAACACUUGAACUCGGGUGCAAGGAGCUAAGAGCUCGAGGUUUUUUCCUUAAACUUCUUGAAGCGAUUCUCAAAGCUGGAAACCAAAUGAAUGCUGGAACUCCUCGAGGAAAUGCACAAGGUUUCAACCUUAGUGCUCUUCUGAAUCUAUCUGAUGUCAAAAGCACUGAUGCAAAGACUACUCUGCUUCACUUUGUGGUUGAACAAGUAGCUCAAUCGGAGGGUAGAGACUUAGUGAUCAAUCAGAGAAGCCAAACUAGUACACCAAAUUCGGAUAAUCUGACAGCCGAAGAGAGAAGAAAGGAGUACUUAAUCCAAGGGUUACCAAAGCUGGGAGGCUUGAGUAUUGAGCUAUCUAAUGUGAAGAAAGCAGCUACAAUAGACUAUGACAGCUUCAUUCGUGUGAGCUCCACUCUCACUAGCCGUGUAGAUGAAAUUAGAAAGGUUUUGACACAUUGUUGCAAUGGUGAGACAGGAGGGUUUGCAAGAGAAAUGAAAGGGUUUUUGGAGGAAUGUGAGGAGGAGCUUAAGGUUGUGAGAGAAGAGCAGAUUAGGGUUAUGGAACUUGUGAAGAGAACAACGGAGUAUUACCAAGCCAGAUCUGCGAAAGACAAAGGAGCUCAACCACUUCAGCUCUUUGUGAUUGUUAGAGGUUUUCUAGACAUGGUUGAUCUUGUUUGUGCAGAAGUUUCAAGAAAGGUACAGAGGAAGAGUACUUCUACAACCAAUGUGGGAUCAGCAUCUCCUCCAUUAUUAGCAUCACCUCCAUUGUCACCUACAGUCCUAACACCAAAGAAGUUACAGAACUUCCAGUCACAUUUCAAUUCACAUGUGUCUUGGUCAUCUUCCAGUGAUUCAGAAGAUGAUUUCAGAAGUUGAUCUAGUACAAUUAUCUACAACUAAUAUGAUUCUUAUUGGUUGUUUUUCCUUUUUCUACACUUCCUUGGCAAUUAAAUGUAUAGAAAAUCCCAGAUUUCUGCAUGAAGGACAAACAAAGCCUUCUUGAUUUUGGCCCAAUAACAAAAGGGCCACUUCAAAUCUUAGUCACUGCUAUUGAUUGGGUUGUCUGUAACACUAAACAUCCACAGAGGCCUUGCCUGGCCUGUCUACAUUUACAUUUUACAAUAUUUGAGUCUUAUGAAAAUGAAGUGAAAAAAAGAAACUUCGGGGGGUGUAUUGUAUAUG